AUGGGACCAGUGCAGGCUCCCUCUUCACCCGCCCUUCCCUCCCUCGAUCCCAUCAUCAUGGACGACGACAUGGAGUCCACCUUCCGCAAUGCCAACAUGGAUUUUUUGGAUCCUACACAACUAGAGAUGUCAACCGAAAAUGGCGGUGCCGAAUUUGACGACCUAUUCGCUCGGGCCACAAAUUCGCAAACGAAUGGCGUCUCGGGACACUCGAAGCCAUACCAAGACCAAAACCCCCUGAGAAAAGUUCCUGCUCUAGCGGCAGACUCGCCAGCUGAAUCCGCAGAUGAUUCCAGCCGCAGCUCCUCGUCUGAAUCGCCCCGGAAUCAUCUCCGGCAGACAUCGAUCGCUUCCACGAACUCCGCCGCGCACAGCGAAAAUCCCUUGUCCUCUGCAAGUUAUCCAACCGAGGACUGGAUGCGUCCGGAAUUAUCGUCAGUAAAGGAGGAAUCACCGUUCAAUAUAGUUCCUUCUUUUCCAAUGGAUGGCGGCUUUUCAAUGGAUCCCGAUUUGGAGGUCAGCAACAAAGCGAUGGACGCAGCCUUUGAUUUUGAAAGUGCGGCAAGUAGCCCCAGUCCGUUGAAGACAGACCAUGGAUCUCUACCGAGAUCGCAUAAGCGAUCGAAAUCCCAGCUCUGGAGCCCUUCAAGUAAUCCUGCUGUUUUGGCACAGGAUGUCGCGCCUUCGGCUCAUGCGCCCGGAUCUCCCUUUUUCGCAUUCGGACUCAAUGGCCAGUCGCAAUACACCAACGCGAUUCACCAAGAUUUAGAAAGAGCGGCUCCGCAAUGGGGCGGGCACUCUCCGUCGUCGAUCCUAGAAGACAGCUUCGGAGGGAUCAACAUGAACCACCAAUCUCCUCUUAACGCCUCGCUCUCCCCCGGCAUGAAUUUCGGCACUCCUCCAUCCUAUUCGUUCCCCAUCAACCCCGUCAACUUCGCUUCCUCCCCGGCUCAACCCCAGAUGAACUCCGCAAACUCUCUACAACCUGUUCUCACAGUGCACCCGACUUCUUUGAAAUCGCGCGUUGAGACCCAAAUUCCUAUCCGAUUGACCCUCUCCCCCUUACCGUCCGGUGUUAAGAAACUCCGUUUACCUUCGCAUACUAUCUCGAAACUCAAGUUUCUCGCUCCUCCAGCCACCGAACCCUCCCAUGAUACCCUUCAACUGUAUACAAGUCUAGUUUGCACGAGCGCGAUGCAAGACCGGGAAAAGAUCAAGCGGGCAUUUGCACGGACACGGGGAGACCAGUACCAACCAACCUCAGACGAUGACCGCCCAUUGGAUGGUGGCGACGUGAAGAUCUGCAGCGGAUGUAUACAGCGAGAACGGAAACGAGCAUCUCGAAAGAAGCAAAGGAAGCCCGAGGAAGACGAGUUGUUCCAGAAGGAUGAAGAGAAAAGGGUCAUUGUUUUCAAUACCAGUGAGAUUAAAGAAUGGACUGAACCGCAAAAGAACGCCAAUGGUGGAUAUGGGGAGGCCUCCCUUCCGCCAGGAUCAAUGCAAGUGGAGUUGCCAAUGCGCAUUGCUUGCUACUGCCGCCACCAGAAUGAAAAACUCGGCUUCCAAGUCAUUUUCACUGUUAAAGAUCACUCGGACAAUGUGGUUGCGCAGGCCAUCACCAACUCGAUCAUGAUCACCGAUGACCACAAGACCCAGGCCCCAUCCGCACCUGUGCCAACGGGGCCCUCGCCUUCCCUCGCAGAUGGAACACAACUGCCUGGAGUUGGUGUGUUCCCUUCGGGUCAAAAUGAGAUUGGGAAGAGCACAUUUGCUGCACCUCAAUCGCCAACUGAUUUGCAGGGCCUCCAGCAAAGAUUCAACUCACAAUACCAGCUCACACCCAGUUCAUUCACAGCUCAAGGUUCAACGAACGGGGUGCCUUUACCUCAGCAAUCACGAAGCUUGUCUCGGGGGGCCUCGCCAUCUGAUUUCCAAGGACCCCAGACGAAACGACGGAAACACAGCAGCUCAGGGAGAUUGCCAUCCGGGCUGACAAUGACCCGCCUCGAGACACCCCAGUCAUCCGCGGCGGCCAUGAACGCCGCACAACUUGCGGCUGCUCGUGGAUUCACUUCUCCAACAGAACGACCAUUUGUCACACCUUCCUCUAUGUCGGGUCAAUAUGGAAAUGGGCCGCCGACUCCCAACCAGAGCAAUGACAAUAAUCCAUUCUUCAACCCCACUCCUGCCCAGCGCCAGAGCCUAGACAAUCUGGCUGGUGGUGCAAUGGGCUCAACGCCCAACUCCGCCCACCCGAGUCGUCCCGGGACACCAGGUGGAGCGAAUCGCAAUGGGUUCCAAGACCCCAAUCUUGCUCUUGCCCUUGGCACAAACUCUUCCAGUCAGGUUUGGCCUCCUCUAAACAAUGCACCUAAUCGGUUGCCAUCGGUAAUUCACAAGUUGGUGCCCUCCGAAGGUUCGAUUACAGGAGGUACCGAGGUCACCUUGUUGGGCAGUGGAUUCUAUCCUGGUAUGGAGGUUGUUUUCGGUGAUACUCUGGCGACUACAACUACCUUUUGGGGUGAUAAGUGCCUCAAUUGUCUGACACCUCCUGCUCUCCAGCCAGGGUUGGUUUCUGUUGUAUUCAAGCAUGAACACCCCACCUUUGGUCAAGUCCAACAACCUCAGACCCUCAUGCCUAAGCAACAAUUGUUCUUCCGUUAUGUCGAUGAUCGUGAGCUUCAGAUGUACCGCUUAGCCCUGAACAUCCUUGGCCAGAAGCUGGGAAGCCAAGCAGAUGCAUUUCAAACAGCGCAGCAGAUCAUGGGAAGCGAUCCAAAUGCUUUCUUCAACAUGCAAGCGGACAUGCAAGGUAGCUCUUCUGGUGGCCAGCAACGUCAAGUACCAGGUCAUGACAACCAAGGCAAGCACAGUGAUCUUGACUCUAAGAUGCUGACUUAUCUUGAAUUCCUUGACCUGGACGACAGCCCUCGCCCACCCCGAUACAAUUCCCGUAGCGCGACAGGCCAAAGUCUACUCCACUUCGCAGCUUCGCUGGGACUUACCAGAUUUGUCGCAGGUCUGUUGGCUCGAGGUGCAAACCCCGAUGUUCAAGACAACACAGGCAAUGCGCCAAUGCAUCUAGCCGCGCUGAAUGGCCAUGCUCACAUUGUCCAUCGACUGCGUUUGACAGGUGCAAAUGCCAAUUCCCGCAGCGUGCGAGGAUUUACUCCUGCGGACCUGGCAACGACGCUUCCCGCACACCAAGCUGCCUUGCUUCCAUCUCGCACCUACCGGUCUCGCAGCGUCGGAUCUCUCACCUCACGUCGCCGGCAAAGCAGCUCGGCCUCGCUCAGUUCCAUGUGGGAAGUGUCUUCGGCUUCUGGUUCUCUUGGUCAUGCCGUUGAUGACUCAGAGGAAUUGGACGAUGAAGAGGAGACAACAGAUGAUUCCGACUCCGAGCCUCUACAAUUUAGCUCUUCCCGUCGCUCGAGUAUGCAUCAAGACAUCAGCCCGUCCAUCGUGGACAAUAGCGAACAGAACAUCGCCCCUGGUGCCCCACCGGCGCCUCUUAUUGCCUGGCGUGACCAGCUUGCUGUUCAAAUCAAUCAGUUCCAGCAGAGUGUUGCUAAUGCCUUCCCCAACCUCCCUGCACUCCCUCCUAUGCCUCCGAUGCCUGCCAUUCCUGCUCUCCCGGACUAUCAAGGACAAGGAAUGAUGCGCCGCAUUACCAACCUCGUACCACACCGGCCUGCCGCUCGAGGAGACGGCUGGUGGGAUUAUCUAAAGGGCAACACCUCACCCAACCCCAACCAACCACCUUCAUAUGACGAGCUCUUCCCGCACCCUGAGCCCACGGCCGAAGAGUCGGACAUAAAGAAAUCGACACUUAUUCGUGCUGCGGCAGAGGCAGCUAUCGAUCAACACUUCGAGGCCGAGAGCAGCACAGUCGCUUCAUCAUCAUCCUCGGCGCAGCCCUCCAUACCGGCCGUCCUCCAGGUCAAGGAAGAACUUAAAGACAUUACAAUCGGCCGCAAGGUCAUCUCACGCGAGCAACAAAAUCAUCUCCGAGAGCAACAAGCACAGCGGAUGAAGGGUCUAGGCAGUGACCGAAACCUGUACUUCAUUUGGAUUCCUCUUCUACUUCUGGUUAUUUGCGCAUGGGUUCGAAACUACGUUCCCGGUAUCUGGCAAGGCGUCACGGAUGGCUUUGAAUUUGUGAAGGCUCGCUCUACACAGCGGGCUGUGGAAUUGGGCAUUUAG